GCCCCCAAGCGCUGACCCUGGCUCGGACCCGCCAGGCGCUGACCCUGGCUCGGACCCCCCAAGCGCUGACCCUGGCUCGGACCCCCCAAGCGCUGACCUCCCUGGCUCGGAGCCCCCAAGCGCUGACCCUGGCUCGGACCCUCCAAGCGCUGACCCUGGCUCGGAGCCCCCAAGCGCUGACCUCCCUGGCUCGGACCCCCGCGGUGCGGGCACGAUCGGCCAGGGCGGGGACCCCUCCGCUCGGGCUGCUCUAUGAGCGGCACGGGGAGGCCGCAGCCGUCGUGGAACUGAAGGAUCUGGAAGUGCCAAAGCUGGGGGACUGUGAUGUCCACGUCAAGAUGUUGGCAGCCCCCAUCAAUCCCGCUGACAUCAACAUGAUCCAAGGGACCUACCCCCUCUUAUCACCGCUGCCGGCCGUGGGGGGGAACGAAGGUGUUGGGGAGGUGCUGGAGGUUGGGCGCCGUGUGACGGCUCUGAAACCAGGGGACCGGGUCAUCCCCGCGGACGCCGGACUCGGGACCUGGCGGACGUGGGGAGUGUUCCCUGAGGAGAUGCUGCUGAAGGUGCCCAGUGACAUCCCGGUGCUCUGUGCUGCCACUCUGAGCGUCAACCCCUGCACGGCAUUCCGUCUGCUGGCUGACUUUGAGAGCCUGGUGUCUGGUGACUCCGUCAUCCAGAACGCCGCCAACAGCGGGGUGGGCCAGGCCGUCAUCCAGAUCGCCAGGGCCUCUGGCAUCAAGACCAUCAAUGUGGUGAGGGACAGACCUGAUCUCCCGAAACUGGUGGAGAGGCUGAUGGCCCUGGGCGCUGAUCAUGUCAUCACAGAGGAGAUGCUGAGAAAGCCAGAGAUGAAAGAUAUAUUUAAGAGCAUCCCGAGGCCCCGGCUCGCCCUGAACUGCGUUGGAGGCAAAAGCACCACGGAGAUGCUGCGGCAUCUGCAGCCCAAGGGGACCAUGGUCACCUAUGGGGGGAUGGCAAAGCAGCCUGUGAUGGUGCCUGUGAGUGCUUUCAUCUUCCGGGACGUGCGGCUCCGCGGGUUCUGGAUGACGCAGUGGCGGAAGGACCAUGCGCAGGACCAGGAGAGCGUGGCUGUGAUGAUGGAUGCCCUGUGCCAGCUCAUCCGCAGGGGCCAGCUCACGGCGCCCGCCUGCACCGAGGUCCCGCUUCAGGACUACAGGGCAGCACUGGAGACCUCCAUGAAGCCCUUCGCGUCCUCCAAGCAGAUCCUUCUCCUCUGACCUGCAGCUCCUGGAGCCCCGUCCUGUUCCACAUGUUUGUCCACAGACUUGAGGGGGGAAAAGACCCUCCAGAUCCAUUGAAUUUUUUUCCCUUUGUUUUUCACAUUUUGGGUGCCCGCUGAAAGCUUUAAAAGCCUCCACAGCUUUGUGUGGAAGUGCUGUAGGAGGGAGGCUGCAUCUCUCUGUGGCUGGGGGGGAGUUUGGGAUUCCAAACGAUGGCUCGCUCAGGGUGUGAAAAGAGCAGCAGUUCCUCCUCAGAUGUGCUUUUGGAGUUGGCAGGGCUGUAGUUGUCACCGAUGGAAUGUGGGAUGGGCAGGGAAGCCCAAGUCAUCUCCCUGCAGCCCUGCUGCCUCUGCGCCAGCUCUGAGUAGGAGGAGGAAGGGGCAUGGACUGCCCCAAAUGAGGAGGGGUGCUGUGGUUGGAGUGGCCCUAGGCGCUGCUGCAGCUCCUGGAGGAGCCCUGGGUCACACCUGGCUGGGUUUGGCCAAGGGCACUGCAAGGGCUGGAGCCAGACCCUCAGUGUCCCUGAAGGCCCUCUAGGCCGGGUGCGGGACAGUGACUGUGACACUGCAGAGCAAUGUGAAAAGAUUUAUUAUUGAGAAAAACCAGCAAUGUGUUCUUGC